CGUUUUCACGUGACAUAAAGUCAUGUGACAGAUCCAGAGCCAAAGUUUUGGCAAAGAUGAGUUGCCGUAUCAGUUCUAAACAACAUCCAUUUAUGCAUUUCUCUAAACCACGCAGCAUUUGCACAAUGUAUAACCCCCUGUCUACUUAUUCAUUAAUUUUAAUUCUUUUUUUUUUCAAUACAAGUAUUUUGCAUGGACUUAACGUGGAUUAUAGUCAUUCGUAUCUAGAACAAAGUCGCCACAAUUUUAAAGGUGCAAAUAUACAUCACAUGAGUACAUCAGAUGAGCCAAAUGAAGAAUGGAGCUAUGUCCAAGUGAGACCCAAGGCUCACCUAUUUUACUGGCUGUAUUACACCACUCACCAGUCAGGUUAUAAAAACAGACCACUUAUUUUGUGGCUUCAGGGGGGACCUGGUGGCUCAGGAACAGGUUUUGGUAACUUUGAAGAACUUGGUCCUUUAGAUGGCAACCUCAAACCCAGAAGUACAACAUGGCUUCAGACAGCUAGUCUUUUGUUCAUCGAUAGUCCUGUUGGAACUGGAUAUAGCUAUGCAGAGGAUGAUUCAGCAUUUACAACAAAUGUGGCAGAAAUAUCUAGAGAUCUGUUAAGCUUGAUGAAAAACUUUACAACUACAUACAAAGAUUUCCAAAACAUUCCAUUUUAUAUAUUUUCUGAGUCUUAUGGUGGAAAAAUGACAGCAGAUUUCAGUUCAGUUUUAUACAAUGAAAUACAAAAUGGUGGAAUUAAAAUGAAUUUUCAAGGUUUUGCAAUGGGAGACUCUUGGAUAUCUCCAGUAGAUUCAACAAAUUCUUGGGGUCCUUUCUUGUAUGCAACUUCUAUUGUGGAUCUAGCAGGAAUGCAAAGAAUUAAUGCUGCUGCCAAAAAAGCAGAAGAUUUGGUGAAACAGGGAAAGUUCGAAGAGGCAACUGAAGCUUGGAGUCUAACAGAAGGAGUAGUUAGUGCUGAAAGUGGUGGAGUCAAUUUUUAUAACAUACUAGACUGGGAUGGCGAUGCUACCUUGUUUAGCAAAUCAGGAAAACCUGAUCUUAGAAGUCCUAUAGAUAAGCUGUAUAAUCGCCAUGUGCGUGUGAUGCAGAAUGACGACCUAGAUGCUCUGAUGAAUGGGCCAAUUAGGAAAAAACUAAAAGUUAUUCCAGACAAAGUAACCUGGGGAGGUCAGUCUGGCACUGUCUUUGAAAAGCAAGCUGGAGAUUUCAUGAAAAAUGUUACAUCUACAGUAAAUAAUCUUGUCAAUAACUCAACCCUCAAGGUGAUCAUCUAUAGUGGACAGUUAGAUUUAAUCUGUGAUGUCUUAGGAACUGAAACCUGGUUCUACAAAUAUAUUGACAAGUCAGCACCGUUUCAAAAACAGCCAAAACAAAAUUUAAAAUGUGGAGAACAGCCUGGCGUAUGUUUUUAUUUAAAGGAAUAUGAAAACUUGAAGUUUUUUUGGGUACUGGAUGCUGGUCAUAUGGUUCCCACAGACAAUGGCCCUGGUGCUCUGGCCAUGGUGAACAAUAUUAUAAAAUAAUUAGUUUUGCUCUGGCCAUGGUGAACAAUAUUAUAAAAUAAUUAGUUUUGCUUAAAUCAUAACAUUUAACAUGUACAUUUAUCACUCAAGUAUUUAUUUAUUUCUAUAUAUAUUUAUAUUUUUUGUAUUAAAAAAAUGCCUGUAUGAUCAGCAAGAUUUCCAGAAAUAAAGCAAUAAUUUGAGAAAUGGGAAAUGUGAAAUUAUUAAAUUAAACCAAACACUUUCUCACUAGUAGUUCAAUGAAAUAUUAAACAACUUUAAGUAAAUAUAGAAUAUAAAAGAAGCUACUUUGUAAAUUAUUACUUUAGAUUUUUUCAAUCGAGGGCCGCAUUAAAAAGUCAUUAGGAAUUGGGGGCCGCAUAUAUAAAUAUGUAUUUACAACUUAAAAAAUAUACAAGUAUACUGUAUUAAACAUUUACAUCUUUUUUUACACUACCAAUUGAGGAAUUACUACAAGAUUUAGCGAUUUCUGAGACUAAUUUUACGAAAAAUUUUAAAAUUUUGUUAUUGCCUUUUUACAUCACAACAAUUCGAUUGUACUGUUGUACUUAAUGUAAAAUAUUUAAUUUUACACUUGCGCAUAAUGUUUCGGAACUGUGGUGGAACUAGCUAACUAGUUGUUAUCCUUGUGACAGCUGUCAAAUAAGUCUGUCAGUAUCGAGUUGUUCUUACACUUGUUUUUUUUUUUUUCAAACAAAAAAAGUCUUGUUCACGAUUUAUGUGGACCCAAAUAAUGUUAAAAUUUAGCAUCAAGUUCCCGUGGAAGGUCGUAAUUUGCUUGGAUAUAUUUCGUUUUUGAGCUGAUUCAGCUUCUGUACUUAAUGGUAAUGGUGACGUGAGGAUAUUGAAAACUGGUGUUCUAAAAUUUGUAUUUUAAAUUUAACAAUUCUUGUACUUUUUAACCAUUUUACUAGAAACCUUUCGGCAAAGGAAAAUUAUUAAACCUGUUUUCACUUGCUUGCCUGAAGAAAUGGAAAAGUUUUGUUUGGAAAGAUGUACAGACAUUUUUUGUGCAAGCAACCCAGUGAGAUACGAUGAAAAACACGAAGUCUGUCUUCACUCUUCUUUAGAAAUAUCACUCACAAAGUCACAGUCAAUGUCCUUCAAGGGACAUAACAAUUUCUUCCUUGAGAUCCCAUAUUCUUCUCAAUACCUUGCCCAUGCUCAGCAGACUCUACUGUGAUACCAAACAUUGGAAUGUUUUGUUUUCACAUCUUCAAGUACUUCUCGGAACUGUCUGUGGUUAAGUCCCCAAGCUCUGAUAAGUUUGACUGCUGAUAAUUGGGUCAAUAACAUGUUUGAUAUUCAAUGCAGUUUUAUGCAAACUUUCCCGUGUAGCGUUGGGAUAUUGUUCUUUAAUUUAUUUUAAAAUAACUUUUUACUCAGUCAAAGCACGGGCUCCAUCAGUUGUUACACUUGCCAUCUUGUUCCAAGCCAACCCAACACAGUUCUUCAUAGCAUUGAAUAAAUACUGGCCUGAUUUUAUGUCUUUGACUAAAUGGAUGGAAAUAUUGCAAACAAGCAUAAUCUUCAUUUGCUUUAAACUUUUUAGAAUGACAUGCAGAGACAAUGUUUCUUUAGCCUCUUCAUCAUAAGAGAUAAGAAGAUAUUUAAAAGUAUUUAAUUAUUUUUUUUCCCUUUAUUAUAUUGUUACGAUUUCUCCUACUCGGGCCUUCUGUAAACACUGCUAAACACAACACAACACAUCAACACAUCAAGAACCUGACAACAAGAGCUCCACAAUAAUCUGGUACUAAUGAGUGAAUAAGUAGAAGACAGCCAAUACGACACAAUUGGCAACACAUCAACAACUAAAAUGUUACAUUGUACAUCACCGUACACAACUCUACUGUCUCAAUUUCUUCCUGGACUCGUACUUAACACUUGAGGACUCGACCAGGACCGACUUCAUGGCCGACUAACAGUCCUGGUCUCAACGCUCUCCGGUCUUGAACUGCCGCUUUCUUACACACUGUCACUCGUACCGCAGGCUUUCGAUCACAUGACCAUAACAUUGGUCAUUUUGCGUGUAAUCGUAGUACUGUCCCUUGUCCAUGGCCCCGCUGACCUUAGUGAUUCACGUGUGUGUCAGCUGAGCCUAUAGUUAACCCUUCUGCGCUGCCAAUAGGGUCGUAACACUGCCCCCUUCUCAGAUUUGUCCGUCCCGGACAAAAUCUAUCACAAGACAUGGGCAGUGGAGGUGAAUCGAUGCAGAAGGUGGUCUAUCGGUGGGGGCGACAAUGGGCUUAUAUUGCCAUUUCGAUGGAGUCAUCUGCGUUGUAUUCGGUGUAUGUCUCUUUCUCCUACUCCAGGUGACCUUCACCUGGCUGCACUGACGUCGUGGUUGCAUCGCCGUGCACUUUGGACUCAGCAAACGUCGCCUUCUUCGGUCGCUGACUUCUGAGGGCAGCCACUUAACACACGGGGAGGGAUGGGAUGUCAGGACUGGGGUCACCAAGAUCGUUGGCCUAUCAGGUUGUUUCAUAGGGCUUUCAAGAGACAGGUUUUGGGUAUGGGUAUCAGGUCCACAGGAGGGGAAAUAGUGGCACACAUCAUCUUCAGGCUUGUCCGGAGGGCAAACUAGUGGAGCAAGUUGGCAGCACUCCACUUGCGAAGGACCCUCAUCUUCAGCAUCAGGCUCCAGUUCACUUACUUGACCAUCACCAGGGUUUCGCACUCUGGUCUCGUCAGCUGGACAAACAUUUGUUGGGUACAGACCUUGCAGAUGGGUUUCUUGGAGUUGGCGUUCUCCCUGCAAAGCUCGACACACAAAGUUCUCGCCAAACAUCUGGGUGCAGCCAUCAGGAACAAAAAUCAGAUUAUAUGCAGACAAUUGCAUAAUAUAUAGAACAAUAAAAACAACACAAGACACAGAUAUUUUACAAAGAGAAUUAGAUGAAUUACAGAAAUGGGAAUCAAAUUGGAGCAUGUCUUUCCACCCAGAAAAAUGUCAGUUGUUAAGAGUAACAAAAAAAACUAAAACAAAUUAAUUCCACUUAUCGUAUUCAUGGCAAACCAGUAACACAGACUAAAAACGCAAAAUACCUAGGUGUUAUAAUAAAUGAAAAACUGUAAUGGAAUCCACAUAUUGAUGAAACUAUUAAAAAAUCAAACAAAGCAUUAGGGUUUAUUAAAAGAAAUUUCUAUAAAUCAAAUAAGAACAUAAAACUAAAAUGUUAUUUAACCUUGGUUAGGCCAAUAAUAGAAUAUGCAUCCUCCGUUUGGGACCCCUCAACUCAAGAAAACAUUAAGAAACUGGAACAGACACAAAAUAGAGCAGUGAGAUUCAUAACAAACGAAUAUUCACAUUUGACUAGAGUAACACCUUUAUUUAAAUCACUAUAUUUAUAAAGCCUUCAGGACAGAAGACUCAAAAGUAAAGCAGCAGUUAUACAUAAAACACUGAACCAUAAUCUUCAAAUACAAAAACAAAAUUUAAUAAAAUACUCUGAAAGACACAAAGAUAAAGGCACAUUCCUCAUCCCAUAUGCUAGGACGAAUUUGUAUAAAUACUCCUUCUUCCCUAGUGCUAUUAGAGCAUGAAAUGGGUUGCCUGAGCUAGCCAUGAAAACCAGUGACUUGGCAGAAUUUAAGUCAUUGGUUAAUAUGCAUGACUAAAUGCAUGACGCGUAGGAUGUAAUCAUCUUCUUUUUUGAAGUAUGUCUUAUUAUAUAAGAUAAGAUAAGAUGUGGCCCGCAGGUUGUAAUUUGCCCACCCCUGCUUUAGAUGAACUGCUAUUCUAGUAUAAAGUCAUUUUGAUAGACAAUCUUUAUAAAAAAAAUAUUUUGGAAACAAGCAUAACUCUUUUAACUAUACUACCCCCCCCCCCCAAAAAAAAACAAAAAAAAACUAUCAAACAACAAAACUUUAUCUUUCUUUGCAUUGACUCAUGUAUACACACUCACACUUUUUAAAAAUUUUUAUUUCUAAAACUUACAACAUAGACAUAUAUAUAUAGACUGGACGAUAAAGAACAAAUUAUUAUCGGAAAUAUUUGUGAAAAGAUAAGUUUGUAGAUCCACAUCACAAACCUAUAUAUAUUUGCCUAUGUCUAUGAUUAUAAAACAAAGACAAAAUAUUGGGAAUAUGGCAGUUUUGCACUUUUCAAAACUAAAGAUCAAAGGUAUAUAUUGGCUAAAAUGUUAGUCCUAGAAUUUAUAGCUCAAUCGCCGCCAUUUUUUUUUCACAUAGAUAUAGUACAUAAAACAUAUUGACUCCCCCCAAAUAAAAAUAACUUCCUACUUCCAGUCUAUAUUUAUUUAUGUCUAUGACUUACAAUUUUUAAAGUCUCUUUGUGCUAGCAUUAUUGAACACUCACACUGUACUUAUCUAUUGGUGCUCAGUUUUGUAACUUUUGGAGUGUAAAAUACAGGAGAUUAGAUUGUUAUAAUAGGUCAAAUGUAUUUAUCUAAUAAUAAUAAUAAUUUUAGGUUAUGAGUAUUGUUGUUGUUUUUUUUUUUUUAAUAAUAGUAUUAGGAGCUUAUAUUUUUUUUAUUUGGCUUAGAGAUUUCAACUAUUAAAUACAUUGGACAAAUACAUUAAACCAACAAAAAAAAAUUUUUAUGAAUCAAAUUUUAUUACAGAAAUAAGCAAAACAUUUUAAUGCAGUACGCAUAUAAAUAAACUGUACUCAAGUUUUUACAUACCAAAAAUUAAAAAAAAAAAUCAAUAUACAUAAAAACCAUUACAACAGUCUAGACUUUCUAGGUCAUGCUGGUGGGUAUGGACAAGAUCAUUUCAAACUCACAAACAUGGAGGUCACUUGGUGAGUUAUAGUGUUGGAAUGUCUAACAAGUGAAAAGUAGUUAUGGCAAACCAGUAAAUUAAAACUCAAGAGAAAACAUGUUACUGAAUUUAAUUAUACCAUUCAGAUUAAAACUUAGGCUACCUUUGAAGGUAUUAGCCAAAUUGCCAAUCGCUACUUGGUUAAUGGUCUUCAUUUCAAUUACUGUCAAUGCUGGAGUUUCCAAGGCAAUUUGCUUUGAAUGCUCUUUUGGUUGUUACGUGCGCAGCAUAGUGUGAAUGUGGAAUGGUGUGAAUGUGCAUUGAAAUCAAAGUUUUUAUCAACACAUUAUUAAUUGUAACUCAAGAUUAAAGUCAUCAUAAUCUACCA